AUGUCGUGGUGUCACCGAGUGCCAGUGUCCUACCCUCCUCCCCGAGACCACAAGGACUACCUAGUGAGCAAGACACUUGAACUGACGCUGACACGGACAUUGGUGCUGGUACCUCAGCUCCGGUUUCUCAGUCUCUUACAGCGAGACCGAACUAAGUACUUGCUGGAGAAGAAAGCCAUUGCGGAGGAUCUGGGAGAUAUGUGUGAGGCUGAAUCAGGAGGUUCUGAUGCUUGUAUCUUCAAGAAGACCUGA